AUGUGCGCGAUGCAUCACGCGCCCACACAAGUGCAGGGGCUCAUGCUGAUCCCCACCGAGGAGGCGUGGAAGGGCCUGGAGGACACCGCUGUCAUGCAGAAUGUAAACCUCAAGGGCGACAACAUCACAGCCACCGCCAUGACUGGCGGCCUCAUGCUGUACUGGCUGGCGCAGGGCAGCGAUGUCGAUCCCUCAGCCUUGCCCUUGACAGGGUUCCCCACCAAGAUUGAGACAGAGGCCCGCUGGCGCUGCUCGCUGCCGGAGAAGCCCGGCAGCGUCGGCUAUGGCAUGUCGCUGCGCCGCAACGCGAGCGGCGUGUUUGUGGAGCACGGCGGCAGCCAGCAGAAAGAGGAGGCCUUCGCCCAGCUGGUGGACCCCGUGGAGCCACUCAAGGGCACCUGCCCUGGCCUUACCAUCUACAAGGUCAACGCAAUCCCAAUGCCCUGCAACAGCCUCGCCGCGCUCGCCGCCGAGGCCAACAACCCCUCCCAGGCCGGCUGCACGCGCAACGCCGACCGCUCCGUGUCGCACAUGCUUGCCGCCGGCGGGCGCACCAACUUCCUGCAGCUGCUCAUUGCCGCGGGCCUGCUGCCCGCGGUUGACAAGACCGCAACCUCGUUCACGGUGCUUGCUCCCUCGGACGCUGCGAUCGAGGCUUCUGCCAAUUCUGGAGCCUUCAAGUAUGACCACCUGUUUGCCUCCAACAAGACCCUUUUGAAGCAGAUUCUCGGCUACCACAUAGCUUCUGGUCAGGCGCUCAAGCAACCAACCAGGGCAACCGCUGAGAAGCUGGCGCCCACGCUUAUGAAGGGCGACGCUGGCUGCGGCGCGGGCGUGGGGCCGUCGUGGGGCGCGGACAACCUCGUGCGCGGCGGGCGUGGCAUAGCACGCACAGGUGCUGUUGUUGAAGCCUGCCACUCCACAAUCGUGCCGAUCGACGCUCUGCUGCAGCCCUGCUGCGCCACGUUUGAGCAGCUGCUGGAGGGCAGUGCCGCCAGCGAUGGCUACGGUGCAGGCCGCAACACGGCUGCGAUCGCUGACAGCCCUCAGCUGCAGAGCUUCCUAACCAGCGCAGCCGACACAGUCAAGCAGGCCCCUCCGAACAGCACCCAAGUCAUUUUGGUCCCCAGCCAGGCCGCCUGGACGGCGUUCUUGAAGGCUGCCGCACGCGCUGACAUCAGCGUAGACGACUCCCUGUACGACGCCAUCUUCAAGUCGCUGGUGGCCGUGAACCAAUGGGGUACCGAUGUGGCCAAGAUACUGGCUGAUCCCACCCAGAAGAUCACACUGGCCACCAAGCUCCCCGACGCCGCCAAGUCCAAGCUCUGCCCAAACGGCGGCCAAUUCGCCCUGACCCUCGCGUCCGCGGGCCCCGCAGCCGCCACUGCGGCCGCGGCGGCGCCCGCCGCGACCCGCCGCAAGCUGCAGGCCGUCGCGGCGGCCCCGGCGCUGCCGCCGGGCCUAGCCGUCCUUGACGGCCUGGCGUCCAAGCGAAAGAUUGGGGUGGUCGGGUGGGAGCAGACGUGCGGCGGAGGCGCGGUGCUCUUCAUCGAUGCGGUCCCGCAGGGCUGCGAGUUUCCUGUUUUGAAAGCCGAGCCCUCGGCCGCCGAGGGCGCGGGGGCGGCGGGCAACGGCACGGCGCCGCAGAACGGCGCGGGCGCGGCGCGGGCGGCGCGGGCCGCGGUCGUGGCGGCUGUGGUGGCGGCGGCCGCCGCUGCCGUUGCGCUUUGA